CGCUGACAAUCGAGUUUUGAUUUUCGCCUAUUCACGCCGUUUACGCGUAUAAACAAUUUUUUCCGCCCGAAGUACUACAGUAUUUGUGGUCACCAUUGAAUGAAGGAUGAGUUCAAUAGGAACAGGGUAUGACUUGUCCGCCUCUCAAUUUUCACCGGACGGACGUGUGUUUCAAGUUGAAUACGCCCAGAAAGCUGUUGAGAAUGGAGGGACAGUGAUAGGUUUACGUGGAGAGGACGGUAUAGUAUUCGCCGUCGAGAAGAUAGUUACAUCCAAGCUCUACGAGCCUGGCACCAACAAAAGGAUAUUCAACAUUGAUGCACAUGUUGGUAUGGCAGCCUCUGGCUUGAUCUCUGAUGCUGGCCAGAUCGCAGAGACUGCCAGAUCCGAAGCAUCCAGUUACAGAUCGCAAUACGGAAUACCUGAAAACGACGGACCGGUAAUGUACAUGAUCGAUCCAUCCGGCGUGUCUUACGGAUACUACGGUUGUGCCAUUGGUAAAGCAAAACAGUCUGCAAAGACUGAAAUUGAAAAGCUAAAGCUUUCCGAAAUGAGCUGUAACGAAUUGGUGAAAGAAGCCGCGCGUAUUAUCUAUUUGGUUCACGACGAGCUGAAAGACAAGCAAUUCGAGCUCGAAAUGAGCUGGGUAGGUAAACACACGAACGGAAGGCACGAGCGUGUGCCAUUAGACAUUAAGUCCGAGGCGGAAGCUAAAGCGAAGCAGGCGAUGGCGGAAGAUUCAGACAGCGACACGGAGGACAUGUAAAUCGAUAACAGUGUCCCGAUUACCCCUUUUUGUAUUUGUAAGUUAAUUAAUUUAGGUGCGUGUGAACACACUGCUGUGGAAAAUUUUCUGUCUACGAAUGAGCCCAAUAAAAAUUGCUGUCUGUUGUUUAAGAAAAUAGAA